AGACACCCCCCUUGUCAAUGUUCCAGGCGAACUGCAUGUCAAGUUUAAGACCGCCGCUAGCAAACGAAGAUUAUGCCCACAUUUCAACACAGACAUUUUUGCUUCGACGAUGGCGUUAAACUGCAGCACAUUUAGCCGCCUUAUUUUAGGAGCACAGGCCGCGGCUGAGGCCUGCACAAAGCGGGCUGUUCACCUGACAUGUGGGAGAUAUCGAGUGUGUCGAUGGUAUUCGGGUGUCACUCAUGAAGAAAACAGAGUGGAACAGGUCGGAGAGCUGGUGGUUCCAGGUAGUCACAGGCGUAUCCUGAAAGAUGUCCUGCCUUUCUCAGCGUUCCUUAUGGACUCCUUUGGACGCAGGCAUAAUUACCUUCGCAUUUCUCUCACUGAGAAAUGUAACCUCCGCUGUCAGUACUGUAUGCCACAGGAGGGGGUUAUGCUCACCCCUCGCUCUCAGCUCCUAACAGCAGAGGAGUUGUUGACGUUAGCCAGACUCUUUGUACGAGAGGGGGUUAACAAGAUACGACUGACUGGGGGAGAACCUCUCAUUCGCCCAGAUGUUCUGCAUAUAAUAGCCGAACUGAGGAAGUUGGAGGGUCUUAAGACCAUUGCAGUCACUACAAAUGGGAUGAAUUUGACCCGACUGUUGCCCAGUCUAAAGACAGCUGGAGUGGAUCUACUCAACAUCAGUCUAGACACUCUGGUACCUGCCAAAUUUGAGUUCAUCACUAGACGAAAAGGGUUUCAUAAAGUGAUGGAAGGCAUUGAAAAGGCCAUUGAAAUGGGCUACAAUCCAGUCAAGGUGAACUGUGUGGUCAUGAGAGGUUUGAAUGAAGACGAGUUGAUUGACUUUGUGUCACUGACAGAGAAGAAACCAUUGGAUGUGAGAUUCAUAGAGUACAUGCCUUUUGAUGGGAACAGAUGGAACUUCAAGAUGAUGGUGAGCUAUCAGGAGAUGUUGGACUGUAUAAAGCAAAAAUGGCCCAAUCUGGAGCCUGUGCCUGGAGAGGAAACGGAUACAGCCAAGGCGUUUAGAGUUCCAGGAUUUCGAGGCCAGCUGGGCUUCAUUACCUCCAUGUCAGAACAUUUCUGUGGCUCCUGUAAUCGCCUGCGCAUCACGGCUGAUGGCAACCUUAAGGUUUGUUUGUUCGGAAAUUCAGAGGUGUCUUUGAGGGAUUUUCUGCGCUCUGGAGCAACUGAGGAGGAACUACUGCACAUCAUAGGGACAGCAGUUGGGAGGAAGAAGAAACAGCAUGCAGGGAUGUUCAAUAUAUCUCAGAUGAAGAACAGGCCAAUGAUCCUCAUUGGUAGAAACUGCAGCUGGCUGCUGUCAGUGCCUCUGUUUGGAGUCAGUCAGAGGCAGCCUCUUCCUUUGAUCCACGCCAUGGAUUCAGCAGCCACUGCUACAACUCACUCACUUACAAAAUACAUAAAACACUUUCACGGAAAUGCUAAUCAGGACUACACAACAACUUUUGUUAUUGAUGCACAUGGUUUGACUCCUCUUUGUAAAAAGCAUAAUCGACCAAGGUUUCGUGCCUUAAAACCCCCCAAAGCUUUAACCGUUGAUACGCACAUUUUGGACUGGGGGUCUCAGCCACUACAGUUACAAUCCAAAACAUUUCCUCCCAUCCUCAGUGCACUACUGUCAACAACCAAAUUUAGAGAUUCAACUCUGCAGUUUGCACGGUACUGCCACAGCAAAACCCCUGAAUGUGGGUUUGAUUUCAAAAUACCCCAUACAGAUGCACAGUCCUCCAGCCUUGAUGGAACCUCUGAACAGUUGACCCACACUGAUGCACAGGGUAAAGCCUCCAUGGUCAAUGUGGGCAGUAAGGCUGUAACUAGUCGCACAGCCAUGGCUUGUGGCAAGGUCAUCCUUGGCCCAAAAGCUUUUAAUUUGGUGCGUGCCAAUCAGCUUGCCAAGGGCGAUGCUCUAGCGGUAGCACAGCUAGCGGGCAUCAUGGGUGCCAAGCAGACCUCAUCUCUCAUUCCGCUCUGCCACCCGCUUCCUCUUGACCACGCCUCUGUUACCAUAGAGCUGCUCCAGGAAGAACAUGCCGUCAUCGUCAAAGCAACCUGCCAAACCACGGGCCGUACAGGAGUGGAGAUGGAGGCCCUGACCGCUGUUGCGGUGGCCACGCUAACUCUCUAUGACAUGUGCAAGUCAGUCAGUCAUGACAUUGUUAUUACGGACUUAAAGUUGCUCAGCAAGACGGGUGGACAGAAAGGUGAUUUUUAUCGCUUACCUGAUUCCUAAAGAAUGCAUAAACUGCAGGCUUAAUCUCACCUGUUUGAAUGUAGCUACAGUUUUCAAUUCUUCUCUCUAGAAGUUUUCUUUAACAAAAUGUGCCUUCAGAUGCCUCUAGCUAAUCUACUUAUUAUAAUUGUGUAACUAUUCCUGUGUCCAUGUUCAGCAUGAAAUGUGAUUUAAGUAAGAUUAAUUUACCUGACAUACAAAGAGUAUUUUAUUUUGUUCUAGAUUUAUUUUGAUAAUGAUAAUGCAGCUGAUUGAAAAGUGUUUCAUAAGGUUGUCACCUGUUUGCAGGUCAAAACCCGGCAACAAGCAUUUUGGCACUUCUGGUUCUAUCAUCCCGUCUUAUAAAAAGCCUGAAAAUAAUAUAUAAUAAUUACAGAAGCUCAAAAUAUUUUCAAGUUUUAUUAUACAAUAUAAAAUAAAUCAUUACAUCCUUAGGAUUUCUAAAGCUUUUUCUUGUCUUGAAAAAUUGUAUUAUUUUGUUAUUAAUGGUAUUUAGAGCUUGCCGAUUGUAUUUAGAUUUUCAAAAAGUUGUGUGAAGAUUAUUGUGAUGAUGAAAGAAUCAUAAACCUUUGUUCACUGGCCUCCAAAAAUAUCAUCACUACAGCACUCUAUUCAAAAGGCUUGUGUUGAAAACUCUCACUUAGCCUAUACACUGUGACAGUCUUAUCUUAUAAAACAAAAUCCAAUUUUAUUAAGAUUACAUUGCCUCUGUUUUUGUAUAGCCUCUUUCACGUAACACGAGGAGAACUAAUUCAUUACAGUAUUUGUUCGAGUAGUUUUAUGAACUAACAUUCGGUUUGUGUUUUAUGAUCGAGGCGAUAUGUUUAAUAAAAUAAAAUGUUUUUCAUAUCGUUCAUGUAAAAUAGGUUUUCAAAAAACGUUUUUGAAAUUGAGUAUUUGCAUGAUGUCCUGCUACAAAAGUACUGUAAAUUCAGCCUCUGACUCGUCUGAACAAACGAGAUAAAUUAUACCUUCAUUUUUAUUUUCAUUUUAUUCAUAAAAUUGAAAUCACUGAAUCUGAACAUUUGUCAGAAUGCUGUUUAUGAUCAUUUUCUAAUAAAAAUGUAUGUUUACAAUG